AUGGCGUCGUUUGCGUCCUCUUCGGAUACCAUAGUCCAGACUGAGGUUCACUGGAAGGAUGAUCCCCGCGAGUUCUACCUGCGCUCCUACCAGUCCUCGGAACCCCCUGUGAUAAGCCAUAGCACCUUUGUCCCCCGCGUACUUGUCCAACAUCUCCUGCGCAACAAGAAGAAUUCCGCCCUGGGAGCCAAAUAUGUGCGGGGCAGAUGGGAUGCCAUCACGAACAUGGAGGGCGCUCUGCACACCUACGUUACACCCCUUGCACCUAUUUACAUGCACGGAGACUAUCGCUAUGCACGAGGACACGGAGUCGUGGCGUUUCCUGCCUGGGGCGGGAAGCAGGGAGCCCGUGUGGUAGUGCUUUCAGCCCUGAUCCAGCUAGAUUGCGAGGACGAGAAGGUCAUGGUCCAAUUGUCCCGUCUCGGAGCCAAACCAAUGGAGGGAUUGUCACUUCCUGAUACUUUCAGACCCCCGACCAUCGAGGACAAGCAGGACGAGAAGAUACGCUUACAAUACGACCUUGCUCUCAAACGUCACAUCAUCGCCCACCUCAUUUCCUCACGAAUUCUACCCUCCUUCAACGACGUGACACCAGUCUCCGUCAGAUAUGCAGAGACAUACUUGUCUCAAGCUAUCGAGGAUGCCUCUGUGCGGCGAGCGACAGUGGGAUCCUUCGUGAGGAUAGAGUCGGGGAGGAUACUCUCGCUUGAACUCUUCUUGAACACCGUGCUCGAGUCUUCACGGAACGAGUUCCGCGCGCUAGAGCGCCUGUGCAAACAUGGAUAUGUUUACACUUUUGACCCACCGUCUAUCUUCGCGCGGGAGGUCAGCCCUACUUUGCUCAACCGCCUGCAGCUCGGCGCACUCCAACUCCUCGCCGCUGAGACGCCGUUGACUCGCAUGCGUGCAUACGCCUUCAACGAUUACGCAGACCCUGCGGCCCUCGAGCUUUUGCGCCUCGCGCUCAGCGAGCGGCCGCACGUUGACAUCAUGUCAAAGGCAGCGCUGUUCGGUGCCGAUGGCCACUAUGCCCCACCACUCUCUUGCCGAGGUGCUAUCUUGGUGAUUCAUAACAACAGCGAUGGAUUCGGGCAGAACAUAGAGACGGAACCUGCGUAUGGGAGCAUGGAUGGCACUAUUGGGGCGUAUUCGAGUGCAGCGGCGUCGUUGCAUCGCCAACAUCCACGUCUGCUAGACAACAUCUUCUCAGAUUAA